AUGCGGCCGGCGGGAGCCGCGGCCGUCGCGGGGUCGUCGGCGCGGGACGCGUCGCUGUGCGGGGAGCUGCUGCAGGCCCCGCCGCCCCCGGCCUCGCAGCCGCCUCCGGCCGCGCCCUCGGGCCCGCCGCUCCCCGCUCCGAGCGCGACCCUCAACCGUCUUCCGGAGCCGCUGCUGCGGAGGCUCAGCGGGAGCCUGGACCGAGCGCCCGAGGGCCGGGGCUGGAGGAGGCUGGCCGAGGUGGCGGGGAGUCGGGGGCGCCUCCGGCUCAGCUGUCUGGACUUGGAGCAGUGUUCUCUUAAGGUCUUGGAGCCUGAAGGAAGCCCAAGCCUAUGUUUACUGAAGCUAAUGGGUGAGAAAGGUUGUACGGUCACAGAACUGAGUGACUUCCUGCAGGCUAUGGAGCACACCGAAGUUCUUGGGCUUCUCAGCCCCCCAGGAAUAAAGAUCACCGUAAACCCAGAAUCAAAGGCAGUCUUGGCUGGACAGUUUGUGAAACUGUGUUGCCGGGCAACUGGACAUCCCUUUGUACAAUAUCAGUGGUUCAAAAUGAAUAAAGAGAUUCCAAACGGAAAUGCAUCAGAACUAAUUUUUAACACCGUGCACGUAAAAGAUGCAGGCUUUUACGUCUGUCGAGUUAAUAACAAUUUCACCUUUGAAUUCAGCCAGUGGUCACAGCUGGAUGUUUGUGAUGUCACAGAAGUAACAGGAAACCUCCAGGGGAGUUUGGAUGGCAUCUCUGAAUCCAAGUUGCAAAUCUGCGUUGAACCAAGGUCCCAAAAGCUGAUGCCUGGCAGCACAUUGCUUUUACAGUGUGUGGCUGUUGGAAGCCCUAUUCCUCACUACCAGUGGUUCAAAAAUGAGUCACCAUUAAUACAUGAGACAAAAAAGCUAUACAUGGUGCCUUAUGUGGAUCUGGAACACCAAGGGACCUACUGGUGUCACGUAUAUAACGAUCGAGACAGUCAAGAUAGCAAGAAGGUAGAAAUCAUCAUAGGAAGAACAGAUGCAGUGGAGUGCACUGAAGAUGAAUUAAAUAAUCUCGGAUGCCCUGACCAUGAAGAGCAAACGGGCGAUCAGCCUUUGGCAAAGGACAAGGUUGCUCUUUUGAUAGGAAAUAUGAAUUACUGGGAACACCCCAAGCUCAAAGCUCCUUUGGUGGAUGUGUACGAGUUGACCAACUUGUUAAGACAACUAGAUUUCAAAGUUGUUUCGCUCUUGGAUCUCACGGAGUAUGAGAUGCGAAAUGCCGUGGAUGAAUUUUUACUCCUUUUAGACAAAGGAGUUUAUGGACUAUUAUAUUAUGCAGGACAUGGUUACGAAAACUUUGGGAACAGCUUUAUGGUCCCUGUUGAUGCUCCAAAUCCAUAUAGGUCUGAAAACUGCCUCUGUGUACAAAAUAUACUGAAACUGAUGCAAGAAAAGGAAACUGGACUCAACGUGUUCUUGUUGGACAUGUGUAGGAAAAGAAAUGACUAUGAUGACACCAUCCCGAUCUUGGAUGCACUAAAAGUCACCGCCAACAUUGUGUUUGGAUACGCCACGUGUCAAGGGGCAGAAGCUUUUGAAAUCCAGCAUUCUGGGUUGGCAAAUGGAAUUUUCAUGAAAUUUUUAAAAGAUAGAUUAUUAGAAGACAAGAAAAUUACUGUGUUACUGGAUGAAGUUGCAGAAGACAUGGGUAAGUGUCACCUUACCAAAGGCAAACAGGCUCUGGAGAUUCGGAGCAGCUUGUCUGAAAAGAGAGCACUUACUGACCCGAUACAGGGAACAGCAUAUUCUGCGGAAUCUCUGGUGCGGAAUCUGCAGUGGGCCAAGGCACACGAACUCCCAGAAAGUAUGUGCCUUAAAUUUCAGUGCGGCGUCCAGAUUCAGUUAGGGUUUGCCGCAGAGUUCUCCAACGUCAUGAUAAUCUACACAAGCAUAGUCCACAAGCCGCCCGACGUAGUAAUGUGCGAUGCCUAUGUCACAGAUUUUCCUCUCGACUUAGACAUUGAUCCAAAAGCUGCAAACAAAGGGACGCCUGAGGAAACUGGCAGCUAUUUGGUAUCAAAGGAUCUCCCCAAGCAGUGCCUCUAUACUCGGCUCAGUUCACUGCAAAAAUUAAAGGAACAUCUGAUCUUCACAGUGUGUGUGUCGUAUCAGUACUCAGGACUGGAAGAUACUGUAGAGGAGAAGCAGGAAGUGAACGUUGGGAAACCCCUCAUUGCUAAACUGGACAUUCACCGGGGUUUGGGAAGGAAGACUUGCUUCCAGACGUGUGUCAUGUGUAACGGCCCUUACCCGAGCCCCGCCUCCACCUCGCCGGGGGCUGGACAGUAUCACUCGUCUCAAGACUCCUUCCACGCCCUUUACCAUUCGCAUCUUGGUAACUCAAGCAGCGUUUUGCCAUCAGACAGUUGUCAUUGCAGCCGGACCGCGGAUGCAUUUAUCUCAAGUCCCCAUUCCCACCGCGACUCGUGUCGCUUUGGGAGAAGUAAUGUGCCAGUAGAGACAACGGAUGAGAUGCCGUUCAGUCUCUCUGACGGGCUCCGAAUUUCAGACAAGUGACCUCCUUGUUUUGAAAGCUGCCAUAAUGACUACACGCCUCCUGUGCUACGGGACCGACAGGAAGUGAGGUGUGACGGAAAAACAAAUACAUUUUUGUAGAGAGAGAGGAUCAAUAGUGGCUAUUUCAUGGCAAACCCAGGACCUUGAGAUGUUGGAAUUAUAUUAUUUAGCCACAGACUUCCUCUUCCUCUUCGUGUAAGAUUUGGUGAAUUGGUUGGCUUGUUCCGUAAGAAUGCAGUGUGGAUGUGCUUAGAACAAAAGUAGUUUCGUUUCGAGCACUCGGAAGUGACAACAGGGGGAAUGGCAUUAUUGUUGAAGAAGUCCUUGUAUUUUUAGAAUGAGGGAAAAAAACCUUGGUGAUCAUCAGGCUUAACCUCGUUGUAUCGGUGGGAGAAACAGAUUGUGGCAUCUUGUUGAAGUGAGAGCUGACACCAGAACUGAGAUCUCCCGAUUUCUAUUCCAGUGUUUAUUCCACUACAUACGGCCUUCCUGACAGGUUCUGAGACAGGUGUUAUUUUUGUAGAUAGAUUUAAAGAUAAUAUGUAAAUACGCAUGUGUGUAUAUAACCUAGCAAUGUGCAAACUUUAAUUUGUGAUUACAUGACUUUACUACAAAUGUCUGUUAACAGGUUUGUAUCUAAAUCUUCUGUAAGCAGGCUGAAAGUUCUUGUUCCUGAGGUCGUGAAAACACGAGAGGUGAUGAAAUGUUGGUCUCUGUUAGAGCAAGACAGCAGGACAGUUCUGCCACUGGAGAAUCCUGGCCAGCUGCUUAUCUGAAUCCUACAGACCCUGGAUAUGUCUUCCUCGAUAACGGUAAUUUUCUUAGUGAAUUGCGCUGGCCUUGAGAGAUCAUCUCACCACUGUUGGUUCCACCGAAAGCAAGUGAAAAAGACAACUGCCGACAACAAAGAUACGGAGUUAGUACCUUUAAAACGUGCCGCAAAGAAAAUACCAAGCCCAGGUGGCUUCGCUGCUGUAUUCUGCCAGACAUUUAAAGAAUCAGCACCAAUCCUUUGCAGACUCUCCCCAAAAAAUGGAAGCGAGAACACUUCCCAAGUCCUCUUAUGAGGCCAGUAUUCCCCUGAUACAAAACCAGUGAAGACAUCACAAGAGAACCACAGAUCAGCAUCUGUUCUGAAUAUAGACUCAAAAGUCAUCAACAAAAUACUAGCAAAGUGAAUCUAGCAACAUAUAAAAAGGAUUUUACACCACGACUAAGUAAGAUUUAUCCCAGGAAUACAAGGUUGGUUUAACAUCCAAAAUUCAAUGUCAUAUGCAGAUGCUUCUCGUUAGUCACAGCCGUCACCUUAUUCACAUUAUUUCCAUUCCAUAAAGUCACUGUGGAUACUGAAUUAGUGAGUACAGAGCCAUUGCUCCUAGGGGAAGUGUGUGUGUAUACACAUACCUCAAAUAGAUUACAAUCUUAAAUCCUGAAGACAAUUUAUCCUGGUAUAUAUUGUUUUAUUUUCAAAAGAGAAAACGAAGUUUAGAAAUAUUAAGUGACUUGCCUGAAACCACCCCACUAAUAAUUGCCAGACUUGGGAUUCAUACUAGCCCCAGAACCAGAACUUUUUUGCACUGCACUGCGCUCCCCCUGCCCCCUCAUCUUCUGGUCACGUCUGGGGGGACCUGGAACAGGAAGGCAAAGCAUUGCCUUGUUCAGCUCCACGGAGAACACGCACAUCAGGAAGCUCUAAAUGUCGUGUGUCUGCAGAUGCCUGUGAAUGAUCAUAGAAGUGCUAACAGUUUUGAGGUGGGGAUUACAAACAAGUUUAGAUAUAAAUUGGUAAAUUCAUAAAUACAGAAUCGAAAAUAAUGAGGAUCAAUGCUACCAUGUUCAUAAAGGACUAAAUUACCACAUUGACUUAAUUGUCUUCAUAGUUGCAGGAAGAGCUUUGAAAAACUCAGCACCCUUUCAUGAUAAAAAUAGUCAACAAACUAGGAAUAAGAGGGAAACUUCUCAACAUGAUAUGAAGAACAUCUACAAAAACCCCACGCCUAACAUCAUUAACGGCAACAGACUAAAUGCUGAAUGUUCUGUCCCCAAAAUCAGGACUAACACAAGGAUGUUUUUUCUCACCCCUUCUAUUCAACAUUGUACUUGAGUUCCUAGCCAGGGAAAUCAGUCAAGAAAAAGAAAUAAAAGUCAACCAUGUAAAGUAAAACUAUGUAAAGUAAAACUAUACAAGUAAAACUAUGUAUUCACAGAUUAUAUAAACUUGUUUUGUAGAAAAUUCUAAGAAAUUCAUUUAAAAACUAAAUGAGCUCAAUAAAAUUUUAAAAAUUAAAAAAAAUACACAAUUUAUGCUCAAUAAAAAAACAUCAUUGUAAAAAAAUAAAAUAAAAUAAAAUAAAAACUACAUGAGCUCACCAGACCACAGGAUAGAUACAAGAUCAAUAUACAAAGAUCAGUUUUGUUUCCGUAUCAGCAGUGAAUGUUCUGAAAUUGAGAUUUUUUUAAAUUCUAUUUACAAUAGCAUCAAGGUGAACAAAAACUACACAACAUUGUUGAAAUUAAGACCUAAAUAAAUGGAAAUUCAUUUUUGUUCAUGGAUUGGAAGACUUUACAUUGUUAAGAUAAAAAUGCUCCCAGAAUGCUCCAGAGUCCGUGCAAUUCCCAUUAAAACCCCUGCUGGCUUAUUUGCAGAAACUGACAAACUGAUAAAAUUCAUAUGGAAAAUUACAAAAGCCAAAACAAUCAUGAAGAAGAGCAAGGUUGGAAGACUGACACUUAACCAAUUUCAAAACUUACUACAAAGCUACAGUAACCAAGGCAAUGUGGUACUGGCAUAAGGAUAAACAUGGGUUUCGGGAACAUAAAAUAUAACUGAGGAUCCAGAAAUCAACAACGUUUAUGAACAAUUGAUUUUUCACAAGUGUGCCAAUAGCAUUCAAUAAGGAAGAGUAAUCUUUUCAACAAAAAGUCCCAGGACAACUGUAUCACAAAGCGCUAAAGGACCAUCAUCUUAUACAAAUUUCAGCCCCAGAUGGAUUGUAUACCUAAAUCUAAAUGGAUCAUAUACCUAAACUAUAAAAUUGACAAGAAAACAUACCAGUAAAUCUUCCAUUUCUUAUACACAGCACCAAAUGCACAAGCAACAAGGGGAAAAAAUCGGGACUUCCUCAAAAUGAACUUCAGUGUUUUAAGGGACACCAUCAAGUGAAAAGACAACCCACAAAAUGGCAGCAGAUUUUUGAAAUUAUGUCUGAUAAGUACUUAUAUCCAGAAUACAUAAAGGACUUUUGUAAUAAUAAUGUACUAGUGCUUAAUUAUGGUUACUGUAGAGCAGAAACCAAUGAAUUGCCCAAUGGGCUUUCUGUGAUGAUGGAAGCCAUCUAUGUAUAAGCUCCUGACAUCAUAGCUUCUCGGCCCGUGUGGUAAUUGAGCAAAUGAAAUACAGCUGGGGGGCUCCUGUAUUCAGCUGUGCAGGUGUUCUGUAUAUUUGAAUUUUUGAAAGCAUGUAUUUAUACGUUUAAAACAUUUUUUAAAGUAA